AAAAAGCAGAGCUAACUAGCUAGACUAAAAUGGCAGAAACUGCAGUGUCCUUGGCUGGUAAGCAUGCCCUUCCAAAAAUAUUGGAAGCUAUCAAAAUGGUGAGAGAUCUCCCAAAAGAAGUUAGAGACAUUACAGAUGAACUUGAAAGCUUUCAAGAUUUCAUUAAUGAUGCUGAUAAAGUGGCUGAAGCUGAACAAGAUGAUGGAAGGCGUCAUAGAAUAAAAGAAAGGGUGAUGCGGCUGAGAGAAGCAGCUUUUCGCAUGGAAGAUGUCAUCGAUGAAUAUAACAUCUCCUGUGAGGAUAAGCAACCUGGUGAUCCUCGAUGUGCAGCUUUACUAUGUGAGGCUGUUGCCUUCAUCAAAAGUCAAAUCCUUCUCCUUCAAAGUGCGUAUAAGAUUCAGGAUGUUAAAUCGCUUGUUCGUGCUGAAAGAGAUGGUUUCCAAACCCAUUUUCCUUUAGAACCAAGACUAACAAGUUCUAGAGGAAAUCAAAAUGUCAACUGGCAGAAACUUCGAAUGGAUCCUCUCUUUAUCGAGGAAGACAAUGUUGUGGGGCUUGAUGACCCUAGAGAUACAUUGAAAAAUUGGUUGACAAAGGGAAGAGAAAAACGCACUGUCAUCUCUGUGGUGGGAAUUCCUGGGGUGGGAAAAACCACUCUUGCCAAGCAAGUUUUUGACCAGGUGCGUAACAAUUUCGAGUGCCAUGCAUUGAUCACAGUGUCUCAAUCCUACUCUGCAGAAGGAAUACUGAGGCGUUUGUUGGAUGAGCUUUGCAAAGUGAAAAAGGAGGACCCUCCCAAGGGUGUUUCUAACAUGGAGUCAUUGACCGAAGAAGUCAGAAACGGCUUGCGCAACAAGAGGAAAAUACUGAGGGAAGAUUGUAAGAGUGUUCCAAUUCCAAUGUUUCCGACGUUCCAAUCUUGUAGUUUUUUGAGUGUUAAUUAUUACGUCCAUUUUAGCGUUAUUAACACCAACACAAUACGAAGAAGCUGAAAAUAGUGUUCCUACAAAGGCAGACAAUUUUUGACGACCAGAAAACUCAAGAUUCCCUCAGGUUCUUUCUUUUGCGGCCCGUGAAAUGGUGGAUGAGUGGAUUUGAGCCAUCAAAGUGCAAGAUUCAUCAAAUUAAUUUUUUAAGCUUCCUUCUUUUCUUUCUCUUGUUUCCCUUUUUUCUAAAAUGUGUACCUCAAUUUUUGUUAACUUUAUGUAAUUUGAAUUCUUAUCUAUAAUUUAAGUUCAUUUCUUUUAAA